AUGGUUCUUUUUUUUAUACCCAAUGAAAGGCUUUCCAAUGGUAUUGGGAUUAAUUUUGAAAAAUUAGGUUGGCGCGAUAGUGGUUGCAAUUGCAGUGGGGUAGAACCGAUAGAUGAAUCAGAGGUGAUCAUAGGGGGAGAAGUUGUUGCAUUUACGUCUAAGUUCAAAUACUUGGGAUCAGUAAUUCAAAGUAAUGGGGAGAUUGACGGAGAUGUUACUCAUCGUACACAAGCGGGUUGGCUUAAGUGGCGAGUAGCAACUGGGAUGUUUUGUGAUAAAAAGUUUCCGAGCAAAUUAAAAGGUAAAUUUUACUGCGUUGCAAUUAGGCCGGCUUUGUUGUAUGGGAUAGAAUGUUGGCCCGUAAAGAAGGUUUUCGAACAGAGGAUGAAUGUUACAGAAAUAUGUAUGUUGAAGUGGAUGUGUGAGCGCACAAUGGUAGAUAGAAUUAGAAACUAG